AAGCAGGUCCCACUCCCAGUCCCAUCCAUACACUUCUAGUUCUUACUUUACUCCUCCCAGACUAUACUGUGAAGCAGAAAUAAAACUGAAAUAUAUCUUUAAAAAAAUGUUUUGAUAAUACAACAAAGGUUUCUGUAUAAUUGCUGAUAAUGGAGGACGACAAAAGCUCCAUGGAGCAUCAGCUUCUCCAACAGCAACAGCAGCCUCAGCAUCAACAAUCCCAUAUGCUGCAACUACCUGGAGGACACCAGAUACAACUAGUUGGACCCAACCUGCAGAUGGGUCAACAUCAAGUUCAGGUUGCUCAAAUGCAACAACAGAUUAAUCAACAGCUUCAGGCAGCUCAACUUCAACAGCAAGGACAACAGAUACAGCUCCAGCAGUUGCAACCAGGGCAGCAGCUGGUGCAGGCCGGGCAACAGCUUCAAGGGGGACAAAUCAUGCAUUCCGGGCAGAUCUUUCAAGCAGGUCAACUGGGGCAACUGAUUCAAGGAGGUCAGCUUAUGCCAGUAGGUCAGCAGCUUCAAGCCGGUCAAAUCAUGUCAACUUCUCAGUCCUUGCAGGGAGGUCCGAUAGUUUCUGGAGGUCAAAUACUUGCAGGAGGUCAAUUAAUUCAAGCGGGUCAACAUGUCCAUCAAGAUCAAAUACUUUCUUCAAACCAGCAACAACAAGCAGGUCAGCAGAUGCAAGUCGGUCAACAGAUGCAAGGAGGUCAACAGAUGCAAGCAGGUCAACAGCUGGCUGCAGGUCAACUACCGCAAGGAAAAGUUAUAACAGUACCUGGAAUUCCAGGACAUUUUAUACAGACUGGACCGAACAGUUUAGUUCAGGUUCCUCCUGGAUUUAUCCCCGCGGAUCAAUCCUCUCCUCCUUCCUCAUCUCAAUCUUUCUCCUCUGCUUCAUCUCAAUCCUUCUCCGGGGUUCCAAACUCCUCAACCUUCUCGGUUCAAGCUUCUACCUCAAACCAACAAUCUCAGAUUCAAAUUGUUCAACCCUCACUUAUCCAAUCUGGAUCCUCACAGUUUCCGAAUCUUAUUUCCGGGUCCCAGCCAGGGCUUGCACCUGGUUUACAGUUUGGAGUUCCUCAGAGUCAGGGACUUGGACGUCAGGGAGUUUCUAUUCCCCAGCAAGGAGUAGCUAGCUCCGGGUUUGGUCAGCAGCUUGUAACACUACCCGGAGGACAGCAGGCUUUAGUAAGGUAUGCUGCUCCUCAAAUGGUUCAGGUUCCUGCUCCUCAACAGUUUAUGACAGUACAGAUACCCGUCUCUACUCCUACUGGAACUAUACUACAGCAGGUUCAGGUUCCUGUACAACAACAACAGCCUCAGUUGGUUCCCCAGUUAAUCCAGACAUCUGCUGGUCCACAGCUCGUUUACGCUCAGGUAGCAGCUCAACCUCAACUCAUCGGCUCACAGAUCACCAUGAACCAAGCAGGUCAGGUUCAGCUCAUGGGCGGCGGGCAGUUUGGCUCCAUCGUCGCCGGUUCCUUCGGCGGUGGAAUGACGAUGAUUCAAGCAGCUCCUCAACUUAGUCACAUGACGCAAACCACAAAUACAACUCAAUGCACAUCCACAUCUCCUUCCCUCUCUUCAUCUAGCUCUUUACCUCAAGCUAUCAUAACCCAGGCACAAACCUCCAUGAUGAACGGACAAACUGCAUUUAUUAACAACGCUCCAAUCUCGUUAUCUACACAACUACCAAUUCAACCUAAAACUGAACCAACCUGGCUCAAAACAGAACCCGUUGAUCCUAUGGAGUACACUAGAAAUAUCAAGAGCCAACCCUCUCCUAUAGAGGUAGGACAGAUGGUGUCUCAAUCUUCCUUUGCUCCGAACAUGUCCAAUAUAGUUGGGCUCCACAACCUUCCUCCGGGUAGUACUCAAGGGCUGCAGCAGGAUCCAAUAGAUCCUAACAAGUGGCAUGUUGUGCAGAUAGCAAUACCUUCCUCUGUAUCUCAACCACAACAGCAGAACUCAGAAAGCUCUGCGUUAGAUACAAGUACAUCUGGUGGAAAAACUAGGAUGCGACGGGUCGCUUGCUCUUGUCCGAAUUGCAAGAAUGAAGAUAGAACGGUCAAAUCUAUUGACGGAACUCCGCGAAGAAAACAACAUAUUUGUCAUAUUCAUGGUUGCAACAAAAUUUACGGAAAAACUUCACAUUUACGCGCACACCUGCGCUGGCACAGUGGGGAGCGACCUUUUGUGUGUAAUUGGGUGUUCUGUGGGAAGCGGUUUACAAGAUCAGAUGAACUUCAACGACACAGAAGAACGCAUACCGGUGAGAAAAGGUUCCAGUGUCCAGGCUGCUUAAAGAAAUUUAUGAGAUCCGAUCAUUUGAGUAAACACAUAAAAACUCACGGGAAAACCGAAGUGCAGGAUUCAAGUAUGCCUAAGGAGUAUUUAGGGUUUCCGGAGGAAGAAAACGUGUUAAGUAUGAGCGGGGAGCAGGAGGUCGAGUUUGAUACGGAUGAAGAGGAUGAGGAUGAGGAGAGCGGAUCUGAAAUCAGUGAUUCAGAAAUAGUUUCCUCGGGAGCAGCUGUUAUCACAGCUUAGCAUCUGCCCGAGCUGCUUCAAUUUCUAGAGCAGCAAGAGAUAAGAUUCCGUUGAGUCUCUUUUGAAAACAUCAAGCAAGUAAAUUUAGCUAUAGUUUUUAUAUUUUGGCUGCUCAGUAUUAGCAAAAUUAUGUUUUGGAAGCAGCUUUCUUCUUUAGUAUUACACAGCUCAGGUGAAAAAUAUCUAUACAUACAAUGUUGGACAAAAUUUGACAAAACAACAUAAAAGUCCGAUUUUGAAAACUCUAGUCACUGCCAUUAAAAUCUAGAUAAAAAGAUGGGAUCUUUUCGAUAUAAGAAUAUUUAUUAUUAUCACCAAGUUUUAAAAGAGAUCUCUCGCUAAAUAACAAUCUCAUCUGUUUGCCAUGAUUUUCUUCCUCAAGUACAAACAAAGACUGAGCUCCUUAUCUUAAAUGUAAAUAUACUAAUUACCUAACUAUAAUAUUAUUUUGUUACUAAUACUAGUUAUAUAGUUAUUGUCUUAUUCAUUAAGUUAUCUCAAUAAAUUUUUAACCCUUAA